UGGUGAUAGUGACAAGCCAUCCUUGUCACGGAACGUCUUGAUUCCACGAAGCAACGCCACAUACUCCCACACACACACACACACACACGCACGCACAUACUUCCGUCUCUUCGCCCCAGCAAGCCCACCGCGUCCUUCCUGCAGCCCCUCCUACACCCUCAGCAACAGGAGGCAGCCAUGGGGUGUCUCGUAUCCUUCCUGAGAUCCUUGAGAUCCUACCACGGGUCCCACCUCACGCCCCGCCAGCUUGAGCGACAGAGGCGGCAGAGGUCCCAAACAUCGCAGUCACGCCCUACCAGACCCCCCACACCCCCCAGCUCUCCUGAAGACGACGAGAGGCGGACCCUUAGUUUCGAUGGCGGCGCCCCCUGCUACUCCGGCCCCCCCGCCCCUGUGCAGGCCCCCAUCCCCUCCCAGCCGACGCCCCAGCGUUCCAAGGCCCCCAAAUUCUUCAGGAAAAAGAGAUAGAGCACAUCUACCUCCUCGUUUUCUUCCUGCGGGUGAAAAGAAAACGUGAACAAAAUUCUUGAAGGCAGGCUUAUCAAAACUGACUCGAGUGUGUGUUUGAGAGAGAGAGAGAGAGAGAGAGAGAGAGAGAGAGAGAGAGAGAGAGAGGUUCUUAUUCUGAAACACUGCUCUCUCACCGCGACUAUUUUCUAAAGGCCAGAGAUGAUUAGCCGGAUUCUCAAGAGUGUUUCUCCCGUUAGUAAUAUAGAAAUCUUGUUAACUUGCCAUUAGAAGCGUAAAAACACUCUUAAGAAACGGUCUUACUUCAACUAGAGAUUUUUGAAAGUAGUGGAGGUGCGGCGCAGGAGUGUUUCAGAAUAAAGUUGAAUGAAUAACGCUCGUUAAUACAAAUCCAUUCAUGUUUAUCCCUCCAGUUAUUCAUUAUAUAAAAUACUCCCUCCAGACUCCUAUAGGAAUCGUAUAAAUAUGUAGUUCCUAGGUAUUGAUUUCCUAUCGUUUAUAUUACUUUACCUUAUUUUUACCUGUAUCCUCCAUUUCUCCUUUAUUCAAACAUUCUUUUUUCUCCUUUUCUUAUUCUACGUUACUUAAUAUAUUUCUUAUCUCUUUUGGUAUUCUUCCUUAUCCUCAACAUUUUCUUAUCUUAUUUAUUAUACAUUCUUAUCUAUAACUCCUAUUUCCUCUCUCCCUCUUUCUCUUUCUUUAUUAGCACUGUUUUACUUCCUCCCUUGUCAUAUUUCCUUAUUUAGUCUCUCUCUCUCUCUCUCUCUCUCUCUCUCUCUCUCUCUCUCUCUCUCUCUCUCUCUCUCUCUCUCUCUCUCUCUCUCUCAUCAUUAUCUUUACCUAACUCCCUCAACAUCUCAUCUUCCUCCUUCAUUAUUCUUCUUUAUUUUUCCCUCCUUUCUCAUUUUUUACUCUGCAUCCAUCAAUCUUCAUCAUUAUAAUCCUCAUCCUAUUCCUUAUCCUCCUCCUUCGUUAUUCUCCAUUAUCUAUCUAUUUCCUUCUCCCUUAUCUUACCCAUCUCCAUCUAUCUCCCUCAUAUAAUCCUCAUUCUCUUUAUGCUAUCCUCAUUUCAAUCCUUAUCUUCAUCUAUCUUCAUUUAAUUCUUCUAUUCUUCUUCUUCCUCCUCCUCCUCCUCCCCCUCGUCCUCCUCCUCGCCUUUAUCUUAUCAAAAACAUUUCUACCUCAAACUUAAAAGAAAAUAUAUAUAUACAACAACGUCAAAAGGUAUAUUAACUAAAAAUGUAUAUAUGUAAUAGUCGUACAUUGCACACGUUAUUAUUAUACAUUUAUCAUUCUACAUACAUUACGUUUUCUUCCUCGGGUGGGGCGGGGUGGGGUGGGGCGUUGAAAUGGUGCUGAUCAUCGUGCGCAAAAAAUUAUAACUAUCGUACACGCCACACGCACACGUACACACAUACACACACACACACUAUAAAAAAACGAAAGGAUACAAGGAUACACUAAUCUAAACAGGAUGACUUGACGCUAGGAAGGAUGUCGGUCGGAUUCAAGGCUUUUCCUGCGUGAGUGGGUGGGUGGGUGUGGGCUGGGUGGGCGGGUGGGCGGGUGUAGGUGGGUGGGUGAGUUUGGAUUGAGUAUUUGUCAUUAUCGUAUUAAAAUGUUGCUAAUUCCCUGCAUUUGUUCGGUUGUUUAGUGGUGGUGGUGGUGGUGGAUGUGGUAGUAGUAGUAAUAGUAGUAGUAGUAGUAGUAGUAGUAGUAGUAGUAGUAACACGGUCAUGGGCAGAAUUUGAAAAUGCAAAUAAUAAUUAAAUGACGAAUAAACACACACAAAAAAAUAAAGAAUCAUGGGAUUAGAGAAACACAAAAACAACACAAAGAUGAGAAAACCAAAAAAAAAAAAUAAAACUAAAGCGAAACAAAACGAAUGAAAAAAAGUGAGAAACCUAUACAAAAAAAAAAAAAAACACUAACACAAUCACAAAUUUUAAAUGUAUACGACUUAUUAAUGUAGGAAUUUUAAAUGUCAAAAUAAUAAAAAAAAAAAAAUUCACUCUCUUAUCUAAACUUGUUUCCCUGCAUUGUAUAUCCAUUUCUUACCUUCUUUAUGGUAGGUAUCCCUUAAAUAACCUUAAUAAACACCUAAAAUGUAAGAAUAAUACAAUAAAAUCUUAAAACCAUUAGCA